GAUUGAUGAUCAUCACACUGUCAGGAACGAGUGGACGACAAAAAUGAGUCAGUAUGAUCUCAGCGAUAUACAAACGAAUGGAUCUAAAGCUGCAUCUUUCACACACUUUGAACUUGUGGGUUUUCCGGGUCUGCAGGACUACAAGACGUUACUCUUCAUAGGAUUCUUCAUACUCCUGUUAAUUACAAUUACUGCAAAUUUCCUUAUUCUCUUCCUAGUGUCACUGGACCACAGGCUUCACACGCCAAUGUACUUUUUCCUUUGCAAUUUAUCCGUUUUAGACACGUUAAUGGCAAUAUCAAUUAUUCCCAAACUGCUGGCAGUUCUUUCUGGGUAUGACAAUACUAUUUCAGUUGCUGCCUGCUUUGGACAAAUGUAUUUCAUAAUCUCUAUUGGUGCAGCGGAAAACUGCUUGGUGGCAGCGAUGGCAUAUGAUAGAUACGUUGCAGUUGUUAAGCCUUUACAUUACAAUGUUAUAAUAAAUCUGAAAAAAUGUAUGGUUAUAAUGACCACCGUGUGGAUACUUGGGUUUGUACUUCCGGCUCCUUCUGUUUUCUUAGCUUUUGGGCUGCCCUAUUGUGCCGCAUAUAAAAUCAUGCACUGCUUCUGUGACUAUCCAGCUGUGCUUUCUCUGGCUUGUGCAGAUAUUAGUAUUCAUGGCAAUGGCACAUUUGGUGCUGCCUUGGUAGUCAAUUAUGUACCCCUACUUUUUGUACUGUGGACAUAUGUCAGAAUUAUUAUUUCUGUUCUAAAACUGAAAUCAACAGCAAGUCUAGCAAAAGCCUUUUCAAUGUGCUCUUCACAUAUGACCGUGGUGCUGAUGUAUUAUGUGUCUUCUUCGAUUGUGUAUGCGGGGUCGAAAAUCGAAGGACUUUCAUUCACCGGACGCAUUUUUGUUGGAGGUUUGAAUUACUUUUUAAUGCCAAUGGUGAACCCUAUGAUUUACAGCUUAAGAAAUGAAAAGAUGAAGGAUGCAGCAAAAAAGUACAUUCUGUAUAAAGUUAUUUUUCCACACAAUACCAAAACUUCCAUGAGCACUAUAGAAUGCGAUUAA